AAUGUUCCUAUAUAACAUCACUCAAACCUCUUCAACAAAAAAAAUAAAAUCUCACGCUCCCUCCCUCCGCCACCACCACCACCACCACCACCAUCACCAGCUAUGGGCUUCCCAUCUCCACCAUCACGAGAAAAACCUCCAGUGACCAUUCUGCUCGGUAAAUACGAACUCGGUCGCCGAUUGGGCAGUGGCAGCUUCGCCAAAGUCCACGUGGCACGCUCCAUCGAAACCGACGAACUCGCGGCCGUUAAAAUCAUCGACAAGAAAAAAACCGCGGACGCCGGCAUGGAACCGAGGAUCAUCCGCGAGAUCGAAGCCAUGCGCCGCCUCCACCACCACCCCAACGUCCUCAGAAUCCACGAAGUCAUGGCCACCAAAACCAAAAUCUACCUCGUCGUGGAGCUCGCCGCCGGCGGAGAGCUCUACGCCAGAAUCCGCCGUCUCGGCCGCCUCCGAGAAUCCGAGGCGCGUCGCUACUUCCAGCAGCUCGCCUCCGCGCUGGCCUUCUGCCACCGCGAAGGGAUCGCUCACCGCGACGUGAAGCCGCAGAACCUCCUCCUCGACAGGGACGGUAACCUCAAGGUCUCCGACUUCGGACUAUCGGCUCUCCCGGAGCACCGCAGCAGCGAAGGGAUGCUCCACACGUCGUGCGGCACGCCGGCUUACACGGCUCCGGAGGUGCUCGCUCAGAAGUCGUACGAUGGAGCGAAGGCGGAUUCGUGGUCUUGUGGCGUCUUCCUCUUCGUUCUUCUCGCGGGAUACGUUCCUUUCGAGGACUCGAACGUUGUGACCAUGUACCGGAAGAUCCAGCGGAGAGAUUACAAGUUCCCGAACUGGAUCUCGAAACCUGCUCGAUCCGUCAUCUACAAGUUGCUGGAUCCGAAUCCAGAAACGAGGAUGAGUAUGGAAGCUGUAACUGACACCAAAUGGUUCAAAAAGUCCGUUGAAACUACUCCUCAGUUUCAGCCUAGUGUACUGGAAUCGGAUGAUCGGUUGGGGAAACUGAGAGGCCAUACGAUCACAGCCUUUGAUUUGAUCUCGUUAUCGGCGGGAUUGGAUCUAUCGGGGCUGUUUGAGAGGAGGAAGAGGAAGGAGACGAGGUUUACGUCGAAGGUUUCGGUGGAGGAAGUUGUGGAGAAGGCGAAGGCGAUAGGGGAAAAGUUGGGGUGUAGAGUGGAGAAGAAGAAGGAUGAGAUGGUUGUGGGGUUGGGAAAAGGAAGAACGACGGUGGUUGUUGAGGCGGUGGAGCUGGUGGAAGGUUUGGUUGUUGCGGAGAUGAAGGUGGUGGAAGGUGUAGAGGAGGAGGAGGAGCAGGAGGAAUCUUAUUGGUCGGAGCUUGUUGUAGAGUUUGAGGAGAUUGUGCUUUCGUGGCACGGUAUCUGUGAAAGUUGAAAGUGACUUUAGAUUAACUUUGAAGAUUUAAUUUUGUAAAAGAAACUUGGUGUGAAAUAUUAAUGAUUAGUUAA